CCUGGGUCACUCCCCGGGCUGGGCUGUUCAGGAGCAGCUCGCUCCACUGAGUGCCCAGCCUCUGGUCAGCUACCCUUGAGGCCAGAGCACUCUCUCUCUCUCUCUCUCUCUCUCUCUCUUUCUCUCUCUCUCUUUCAGCCUCCCCUCAUAAUCCCACCGAGAUCACCCUUUUCUGCCCCCGCUGACAUCAUCCCAUUCUCCCUGCUUCUUCUUCGAUCUUCUCCCCCCCACACUUUCCCCACCCUUGAGAAGGCUGGAGCAGGGAAGCUGCCGGACCCUUUGCCUCUGCCCCUUUGGUCACGAGGACAAGCCACGCCAUCCAGCGAGGCCCCCGGCCACUGUGCCCCUGGACACUGGAUAAGAUCCCAAAGACAGGCAGAAAGAGGGACGGCAUGGAGGGAGUCUUCUACAUCGCGAUGUUCCUGGCUGCGUGUGCCUUCAGCUUGGCAAAUCCUUUGGAGAAAGCUGACUGUGACCUGGAACUCCUGGACUCUGAAACAGGAAAGGUGACAUAUACCACAAAUCAAGUCUCUUGGGGUUGUCUGGGCCAGAAACCCCUUAACUCUACUCAGGAGGUCCAUGUCCUCAACCUGAGGUUUUCAAAGAUGGUCGCAGAAUUGGAGCUGACUAUUCAAGUCAAAAAGGGGAAUGUCCCACAGCCCAGAGAUGUCCAUGUCAUCCUCAAAGUCCAGGGUCACAUUAAUCUCUUGCUGCAGACAGGAAUCCCAGUCAAAUUUUCCUUGGAUCCUACAAAGGUCUUCUUCAAAGAAACAGGGCUUGACCAUAGUCCCUUACCAGACUUCUCCACAAGGGAGCAGCUUCUUAACUGGGCCCAGACAACACAUGGGGACCUUACUUCCUAUGCAGAGAUUGAAGACCCCCAGAGUAUCAUCCUCCAUGUGGGCCAAGCCCCAGAAUCUGAAUUCCCAUGUAUCCCAAAGCUUAACUUCAACAUGGGCAACCACCUAACAUGGAAUGCCGUUGCACCAGAAGUCAAAGGCUGCCGCUUCAGCAAGGGACUGAGCAAGAAAGUGGCUCACAUUCUGAAGGUCACACAAGGUCCUGCAAGCAGCCCUCAGACAGUGGAAGUGAAGAUGGAUUUGAGCUGUCCUUUGGGGAAUCCGGCUCCCACACUGGAGGCUGUGCUGAUCCUGCAGGGACCCCCCAAUGUCAAUUGGCUUAUUGACUCCAACCACACUAUGCAGAUCGGGACUACAGGUGAAUACUCCUUCAAGAUGUUUCCUGACAAGAGUAUCCCUGGUUCCAUCCUCUCUGACACACUCCAAGGACUACUUCAGGAGGCCCAGCAGAAGUUCAAUGCUAGCAUCAUCGGCUCCUAUGUGGAGAUUCCUCCUGCCAGUCACAUUACUCUAUGGGCUCCUAGUUGUGCUUCCAAGAUAGAAACCUCACCUUCUCCAGUGCUGACAACCCCAUCCAUAUUGAUUUGUCAUUUGUUUCUGCUACGUUCCCUGCUUUUGCCCCAAUGCUCCUCAGACAGCAUGACAUUGAUGCUAAAGAAGGAUCUUAUCGAAGCCCUGAAAUGUAACAUCAAACAUCUCUCCUUCCGGGACCCUACUUGCCAGUCACAAGAAAAAGAAAAUAUGCUCGUCUUAAGCAGCACCUUCUAUGAAUGUGGUAUGGACAUAAAGAAAGGUGUCAUUUUAAACAAUGAGGUGGCUUUAACCUUGACCUCCAGCUCUGUUCCAGUUCUGACAGAGUCUGUUGAAUGUCUCAACAUCAGUGCCUUCUCUGUCCAUAUGGAUGCCUACAAAAGCCAGAAAUUCCUUCGGACCUCCAGCACCAUUGAGCUGGGUCAACGGGUCUACGUACAGGUGACAGUAAGCCCAGUUAUUCCAGAGGUCACUACAAACCUGGACAGCUGCUCCCUGGACCUGGGGCCAGAGGCUGACCCUGUGGAACUAAUCCAUGACCAGUUGGCCAAGAGCCCCAGGGUGAGCCUCUUGACAACAGACUCCAAGUGGAUCCAAUUUAGCUUCCUUCUCCGGGGUCACAUGGUACCCACACCAACGACUGCCAUCCUGAGCUGUAAUGUAGAGCUGAUGCUCAGGACCAUGCAAGAGACCAAGACUGUCAUGAAGACCUCUAUGAAGUUAAACAUCAGCAAUCCCCUAGCAACAAGCCUGGGCAUGCCGGCUGUCCUGGGAAUCACCUUUGGAGCCUUCCUCAUUGGAGCCUUGCUCACUGCUGCCCUCUGGUACAUCUACUCCCAUACCCGUCCUCCAGGCAAGAGGCAGCCAGUGAUGGCCGCAGUGCCAGCCUCUGAGAGCAGCAGCACCAACCACAGCAUUGGCAGCACUCAGAGCACGCCCUGCUCCACCAGCAGCAUGGCGUGAGGCACCCCACCCCACCAGCCCAGCCCGUGCCGUCCCCAGCCUGAGAAGGGCCGCUGGGCUCCCUCUGCCCGGACUCCAGAUCUCAGGAGCCACACCUGCCUUUUUCCACACUGGACUUUGGAGGAGCCGGCUUGGGCCCAGCCUCCUUGGACCAAAGAUGGCCGAGGGGCGUGGGGAUGGAGGGCGGGCCCGGGCGUCAUCCCCCCAAGCCCAACACCUUCAGAGACAAACUACACCCUCUCCACACACCCAAGGGCAGGAAUGGGUGUUGGCAGCAUCUGCAAGGGAGACUGGCACAACUGAUAACUGGGAGCCCGGGCUCCAGCCAAUGGUUGUGCCCACCCAAAGCCCAACCCUAAGGACAAUCCGUGGGCCGGAGCCCGCGGAGUCACAGCUUCAGGUUGUGAACAGAAGCCCUUCCUCUGCCUCGGACUCUCCAGAGAGGAUUCCCCUCAAAGCACCUUGCCGUCAUCAUGGCAAAUCUGGUUCCCAGACAACCUCUCAACUGGUCAUGGCCUUUUGGCGGUGAGAGGCAUAAGUCCCGAGCUGUACAUAUGCCUCACAAUAUCUGUUAUUUUCUAAAUGUAUUUGUAAUUUUAAUAUUGGUCCAGAGUUUGCUGAGCUCUUAGACUGCAGAUAGAAGGGAAUGAGUGAAUUUUGUAUCCAGAAAUCAGCCUGCCCUCUUCAUUGGCUCCUGGGGAAUUUAAAGGUUUUGGGGGUGGAGGGGAGAGGUCAGAGCUGAAUUCUCACUUUUCAGUGGGUCAUUUCUGCCAAACUGAUCCCACAGUCACAUGGCACAGGCAGGGGGCCAGCCCUUUUCUUCCAUAUUUGGAUUUGCCCCAAGGCGCUUCCUAGCCCACAGCCCCACAGGGUAUGUUCCCUCUGCUACCCGACAAGCUCCCCUCCCCUCAUCCUUUGCAGACACUUCACCCACGAGGCCCAAUGCCCAUCUGCCCCAGGCCCUCCACAAAGAACACAGCUGGUUGGGGAAAGGGGACUGCAUCUCCCGCCAGCCAAAGGGCCUCCGGACCAGCAGGGGUUCCUAUUGCAUAUGUGCCAGAAAGGAAAAUGACCAUGAAUGAGUCCUUGUUGUCCUCUUGGCCACAAGGCCAGAGGGAAUUGGGAUGCAAGAUAAUGAGCAUCCCUACGUGGCCUUGGCCCAGGGGAUGAUGGGACCUCGAAGUCCCAGGGCCCCAUCCCCUGCUCUGGCCACUGCCAUGCUGGAAGACAGCAGCUUCUAUCUGCAUGCAUACACAUGUGAUGUGUAAUCACACUGUAAAGGUAAUUAGGGAAAGUGGUCAGCACCCAAGACUAACAAAACUAAGGGCUCGCAAUUUAGAGCCAGGAUUUGAACCCCCAUCUCAUUCCACUUAAACUGAAAUUAGCAUUUAUCCUGCACUUUAAGGUUUGCAGAAAAAUUGACAGUCUUUCAUUUGAUCCUCAUAAGAAAUCUUGGGGAGAAGGGCUAUCAUGACCUCCAUUUUAUAGUUGAGAAAACUGAGGUCACUAAACUAAGCUAUUAUUAGGUGCCUGAGGGAGGAGUUGAACCCAGCUCUUCUCAAUACCAUCUCCAACAUCGAGUUCUUUCUCAGCCAAAGAGAUUUAAGGGUAGAGAAAGUAAAUUUAAUCACUCCAAGACUUCUAAGAGCAGCACUUUUUUACAAGGAUGUCAAGACCUAUUUAGAUCCUUUGCCCAGAACCCUUAACCUUCUGGAGCAUAUUUGAUAAAAACUGGACUGGGCUCUUGAAUCAGAAAGGAAGAUUGGCUUUGGGGAUAAAGGGAUGUGGGAGAGGGGAUGGGUCACAGAACUCAGAAGCUGGAAGAGACUGAAUUAUGUAAUCCAGCUUCAGCAUUUUCCACGGGGGAAACUGAGGUUCCGAGUGGUCAAGUCCAAAGGGAACAUAGGGCUCCCUAAACUACAUUUCUGAUCUCAUCCUUCUUGUUUGUCUGGGCUGUCAAGGGAGUUUGAGGCAUAAGUCUCUUGGAAAAAGAUUUUUAAUUAAAAAAAAAACACUUUCAACUCA